AUGGAAUCUCUGGAACUCGAGGACAGCUCAGAUGAGCAAGAGUCGAAUGGCGCUGAAUCUGGACUAGAAGAACAAACUUCAGAGUUUGAAGAGGGAUGCGAGGGGAACAUGACACAUAAUGCAAAGUUGGCAGACAAACACGACGUAGAGAUUGAGGGAGUACUACGUGAAAGUGGGGAGACGGCAGUAACAGACAUGGCAACAAAUGUCACCAUUGACGACGUGGGCUCGGAGAAGGACAGCCACCCUGUUCUUGGGCCGCCAUCGGAGACCACCCCAAGCGCCUGCAACGUUAGCGACACUUGGUGGUGGACUCACAUUCGGAUGGGGUUGUUGAAUGUAAGAGGCUUGGCUGUGAAACACAACGGUAUCACCUACGUUGCAUUUCGUUGGAAAUUGUUCCACGAAACUGGGUUUGCGAGGCUUGUAGGAUUUGCUUUGUCAAUAAUGUUCGCCAGCGGGGAGUCAGGGACCAACUCAAUCUCGCUUAACGUCUGCGGCUCUUCGCCUUCUUCGAAAUUCAACGCCGUCGAUGGACUAGUGGCAGGAGUUCAAGCCACAAAUGUGGUGGAGAUUCACGCAAUGGGCAUGGUGGAAGCUCGCACCACCAGCAGGAUGACCGCGACUAGCACCAGACCAGACUACACAGCACACCUUCACGUCUUGAGGGUCUGGGAUGGAUUUUCAAUUACUGGCUUUGUUGGAUCCAUCAAGGUUUUACCUUGCUUCCACGCAAUGGAUUUUACUCCUCUUCUCCAUUCACUCCCCGAUGUCGUUGCCAGCCUCGUUGUGAUUCCUGAUUUACUGACGAUCGCUAUUCCGGCUUGUCAGGCGAGUCAAGACGUUUGCAGAAAACUCGACUUUAUUGAUAACUUUGCAGGGCACACUUGUGCGCGCGGUUGCUAUGAACGAUGA